UCAGAAGGAGAGAAAGCAAUUAAUAAGCUAACCUAGGCAUGGAAUCAAUGAAGUGUUUGUUGUCUCUAAAGUCACAAAUGGCAUUGAUGUUGAUGUUGGUUGUGGCGACAGGAGGAAUGGCUAAGGCACAGAGUCAGAGAGGUACAUGCUCGAACGAGCUGAGUAACCUAAACGUUUGUGCACCGUUUGUGGUGCCUGGUUCAUCCAACACAAACCCAAAUGCUGGGUGCUGCAAUGCUCUCGGAUCUGUUGACACUGAAUGUCUUUGCAGCACUAUUAGGAUUGGUUCUCAAUUGCGCUCUAAGUGUAAUCUUCCAACCCUUGGUUGCGCCAAUUAAUUAACUCACUCUCUCUCUCUAAUAAGGUGCGAAUUAGUGCAUAUGAAGAUGCAUGCAUGCAAUGAGAUGAAUAAUAAUUAUAAGAGAGAAUUAAUAAUGCUGAAGACUCUUGACAAUGUCUUUUUUUUUUUUUAAAUUUGAUUUUUGCUGAAGUUUUCGUUCUGAAUCUGAGCCAUUUAGAUUAUUAUGAAGAUAAAUGUCUCCAGCAAUUGCACACUUUGUUAGAAACAUAAUACAUUAUGGGAAACAAUGCAAUAAUAUAUGAUUUCCAUAUCAAUAUGAUUUGGGAUCGAUAAUUAUUUGCA